AGUUAUAAUAAUACAUUCAUGUCUGAAACUUGUGUCCUUUUUCCUUAAAAAAUAAUUUCGAAAUUAAACGAAAUAACGAAUGAGGUUGAAACUCGUUCACGAUUGCGGAACAGGUACCAUAAAUACUGGCUGAUAAAGCUCAUUUCUUUCUCACGUCUUCAAAACUGACAUUUUAUAAAAAGAACAACGCUACUUCAUUUCAUUCUGUCAUACCAAGACCAACAACAAAAUGACAUUGUAAAAUUCCGUACUUAUUUUAUACAAUUAAAUUAAAUCCUAAUGUAAAUCAGCAAAAUGAGCACCCAGACUGUAGAGGCGUUUGUCGACGCCGCCAAAGACCUGGAGAACUCCUGUACGCCGACCGGCAAGGCGCUGACUCAGUUCCUUCAGAAGAAGAGAAAUGGAGCCAAGCUUGCGGAUAUAUUAAUGCAUUUGAAGCGGGAGUUCCGUAAUACUAGCAUAGAUCCGCUAACGCGCAACAUGACCUCAUGUUUAGAGGCUGGAACGAAUUAUGGGUUUUUAGAGAGAAAAGGUUCGCGGUUUUGUGUUAGUAAGAACGCUAGGCCAAGAGAUGCGGAUGAAAUGAGUGCUCGUAGGGAGGAACAGAAGGACCCGCUGGAUAUGCAGUCGCAGCCGUCUGACAGAUGCCGCCGACGCCGACGACGCCGCCGCCGCAGACGCGGCCGACGCCGCCGCCGUUCCUGUAGGUGCCCAAGGCGCCGCUGAUGUCAAUGUUUGUAUUGGUUUUGUAAUGUUUACUAUGUUGUUUAAUCUUUCUUAUAUGUCGAUUUGUUUUGUCUUGUAUUGUUAUUUGAUAUAUAAAAUGUAUACCAA